AUGUCCUUCGCUCGCCUUGCAUUCCGUAGCGCCAUGCCUGCACGGUCAGCGCUUGCGCGCGCUGUUGCCGCUCCGGUCUGGUCGACGCGUUUCCCGAGGGCAUACUCCGCUGCAGCCGCUCUUGACAAGGCGCAGAUUCAGGAGCGUGUACUCGGCGUUCUCAAGGGCUUUGAGAAGGUUGACCCGGCAAAGCUCUCUGCAACUUCGUCCUUCACGAAAGACCUUGGCCUAGACAGCCUUGACGCUGUCGAAGUUGUGAUGGCGGUAGAGGAGGAGUUCUCAAUCGAGAUCCCGGAUGCGGAGGCAGACGAAAUCACGACUGUUCAGCAGGCCGUCGACUACAUUGCCAAGACGCCUGAAGCUCAGUAG